AUGAAUCAAAUUUCCCAAAAUAUCCUUGUUCAAAAACUAGUUGAUUAUAAGUUAAGGUAAAUAUGAUUAUUAGUUAAUUUACAGAAAGAACAAAAACAAGAGAAAGUCUAGUCCUUAGUUUUCACCUCCCAAGAUGCCAAUUUCUUAGAGAUAGACAUCAUUUUCAAAUGGUCAUGCAUACUCAAUUCAUUAAAAAUUGAAAUCAAUUCAAAGUGAAGAGAAAGUAUUCAUUCCUCAGGCUAUACCACAGUCCCUGAUUUGCUUGAUCUAUUAAGUCAAAUGUUCCAAAUAAUAUAAUCAUAUGAACAAUAGGCAAGUCAUCUAUGGUCCAAAAAUCUUGAGAUGUUGAAGCAAAUCAAGAUUCCAAUCCUUAAAGA